CCCUUUCUAGUAUUAUGUAUGCAAACCGAGAGCUCCGACAAGCCGCACUGACCGAGCGCGUGGGAGCGACAUGGAAGUCACUUCUGUAAAGUGAAGGAGAAAAGCUUUGGAUGUUGCAACCGUGCGCCAGAAAGCCCGGCUGAGCGCGGAUCCAAGCCAUAGGGGACUACUGUAUUCGGGGCUUGCCUGCAUUUAUUCUUCUUAAAGUAGACAGUCAUGUUUCUGAUGAUUUAUUGGGGUCUAGGCUUUUUAUUAUUAAGCUCUGAUUUUAUGAAUGCAAUAGCAUCUAAUGAAAGACCGCGAGGUUCAGAGAAAGUAAAAUUACCGGAGUUUGGCGCGUAUGAGAUUGUAACUCCGGCCAGAGUUAACGAAGCCGGUGACAAACUGCCAACGGGCGUGCACUUCAAAAGGAGAAAGCGGAGUACCGACCCAGUAACCGGCAACAUCUCCCAUCAUUGGCCCUCGCCGCACGUCUAUUAUCAAAUAUCUGCAUUUGGGCAGGACUAUUACCUUAACCUUACUCUCGAGUCGGGAUUUAUUGCGCCAGUUUACACUGUCACUGUACUCGGAGCAUCCAGCGAAAGUCGUAAUUCAAAGCAGGGGGAGGAGAACACGGAGUAUCAGCACUGCUUUUACAAAGGACAUGUGAACGCUGGACAGCAACAUACUGCAGUAAUCAGCCUUUGCUCCGGAUUGCUUGGCACUUUCAGGUCACCGGAAGGGGAAUAUUUUGUAGAGCCUCUUCAUAGCUACAAUGGUGAACAUUAUGAAGAAGAACACACCAAACCUCAUAUUGUGUACAGAAAAGAUCCCUUAAAGAGGACUUUAGAAGAUUCAACUGCAUGUGAAACUUCAGGACAUAUCGAGCCACAGAGAAGACACAGGAACAAGCUGAAGAGGCAGUUGCCCUUGAGCAUGCUGUCUGACCUGGAGACUCUUAAUUCCAGGCUCUUCUCUGCCCCAUUCCCCUCUACAGAAAACAAGCACAGCUCUGCUAAUGAAAGCAGUGACUCCAAGCCACACCGGAGAUCAAAGCGUUUCCUCUCCUACCCCCGUUUUGUUGAAGUCAUGGUUGUGGCAGACAGCAAAAUGGUGGAACAUCAUGGAAGCAACCUCCAGCAUUACAUUCUUACCCUGAUGUCAAUCGUUUCCUCCAUCUAUAAGGAUCCCAGCAUUGGAAAUCUGAUUAACAUUGUUGUUGUGAAAUUGGUUAUUAUAAAGAAUGAGCUGGAUGGUCCCACUAUCUCUUUUAAUGCACAGGCCACUUUGAAAAACUUCUGCAUAUGGCAGCAGAGUCAGAAUCAUCCAGAUGACAACCACCACUCACAUCACGACACCGCCAUCCUGAUCACAAGGCAGGACAUCUGUCGAGCACGGGACAAGUGUGACACUUUAGGUCUGGCUGAGUUGGGUACGGUUUGUGAUCCCUACAGAAGUUGCAGUAUUAAUGAGGAUAAUGGACUCAGUACAGCUUUCACCAUCGCUCAUGAGCUUGGCCAUGUGUUUAACAUGCCUCAUGAUGACAGUAACAAAUGUAAGGAAGAUGGAGUUAAGAACCAGCAACAUGUGAUGGCUCCCUCACUCAACUAUUACACCAAUCCUUGGAUGUGGUCCAAAUGUAGUAGGAAAUACAUCACAGAGUUCCUUGACACAGGGUAUGGUGAGUGCCUGCUCGAUGAGCCAGUUUCUAGGCCAUACAAUUUGUCCCAACAGUUGCCUGGGCAGAUAUACAGUGUCAAUAAACAAUGCGAACUGAUAUUUGGGCCUGGGACACAGGUGUGCCCAUAUAUGACGCAGUGCCGGCGAUUGUGGUGUACCAGUCCAGAAGGAGUCCAGCGAGGCUGCCGAACCCAACACAUGCCCUGGGCUGAUGGGACAGAGUGCUCUCCGGGAAAGCAUUGUAAACAUGGCCUGUGCAUCCCCAAAGAUCAUGAAUCAAUUCCAGUAGAGGGGGCCUGGGGAGUGUGGAGUCCCUUUGGCACAUGCUCAAGGACCUGCGGCGGAGGGAUCAAGAUUGCUGAGCGCGAGUGCAACCGACCCGUGCCUAGAAAUGGGGGAAAGUACUGUGUUGGCCGCAGAAUGAAAUUCCGUUCCUGUAACUCUGAGCCAUGCUCCAAGCAAAAGAAAGACUUCAGGGAGGAACAGUGUGCCAGCUUUGAUGGACGGCACUUCAACAUCAAUGGUCUACCUCCAAAUGUCCGCUGGGUGCCAAAGUAUAGUGGAAUUCUCAUGAAGGAUCGCUGUAAGCUCUUCUGUCGUGUGGCGGGCAGCACAGCCUACUACCAACUCAGGGACAGAGUUAUUGAUGGCACUCAAUGUGGGCCUGACACCAACGACAUCUGUGUGCAAGGCCUGUGCAGGCAAGCAGGAUGUGACCACGUGUUGAAUUCCAAGGCCAGGAGAGAUAAGUGUGGGGUGUGUGGUGGGGAUAACUCAUCGUGCAAGACUGUGGCAGGAACGUUCAACAUUGUGCAUUAUGGUUAUAAUGUUGUGGUGCGAAUUCCCAGUGGUGCUACCAACAUAGAUGUGAGACAACACAGUUACUCAGGGAAACCAGAGGAUGAUAACUACCUCGCCUUGUCCAACAGUCGUGGAGAAUAUUUACUCAAUGGAGAUUUUGUCGUCAGUAUGUUUAAAAGGGAAAUCAGAGUGGGAAAUGCUGUUAUAGAGUACAGUGGCUCCGACCAUGUGAUUGAGAGAAUUAACUGCACUGACCGUAUAGAGGAGGAGAUUGUUGUCCAGGUGCUUUCUGUAGGUAACCUCUAUAACCCUGAUGUCAGGUAUUCCUACAACAUUCCCAUAGAGGACACACCUCAACAGUUUUUCUGGGAUGCGUACGGCCCGUGGCAGGAAUGCAGUCUUCUAUGCCAAGGAGAGCGCAAGAGAAAAAUCUUGUGUAGUCGCGAGUCAGAUCGAGUGAUGGUGUCUGAUCAGCGAUGCCAUGGUUCUAAACCAGCUGUUAUUACUGAGCGAUGCAACACAGACUGUGAACUUAGAUGGCACAUUGCUCGCAAAAGCGAGUGCACAGCCACAUGUGGACUGGGCUACCGGACUUUGGACAUCUACUGCACCAAGCAGAGCAAAUUGGAUGGCAAGUCCCAGAAGGUUGACAGCCGUUAUUGCAGCAGCCAACGCAAGCCUGAUGACAAGGAGGUGUGCCAUGGAGACUGCAACCCUGGUGGAUGGGAGUACUCCCCUUGGUCAGAGUGCUCAAGGAGCUGUGGAGGGGGAACGCGUCGUAGGAGUGCAGUAUGUGGAAAGUCAGCAGAGGCUGUUGAUGAAAGCAAGUGCAACCCACAAGACAAGCUUGCAGUCCAGCCCUGUAAUGAGUUCCUGUGUCCUCAAUGGAAAACUGGAGAGUGGUCAGAGUGUUUGGUGACAUGUGGCAAGGGCUACAAGCACCGCCAGGCUUGGUGUCAGUUUGGAGAAGAGCGUUUGGAUGAUCGGUUCUGUGACUCUUCCAAACCAGAGUCAGUGCAGGCCUGCCAACAGCAAGAAUGUGCAUCCUGGCAGGUGGGACCCUGGGGACAAUGCACCACCACAUGCGGCCCAGGUUAUCAGCUGAGAGCUGUAAAGUGUGUGGUUGGAUCGUAUGGCUCCGUCAUGGAUGACUCUGAAUGUAAUGCAGCAACACGGCCAACAGAAACUCAGGACUGUGAACUCUCUCAGUGCCCUGUCACCCAUCCUGUUGCCCCAGAAACUAAAGUGAUGUCACAUCCCGUUCAUAAAACACAGUGGCGCUUCGGAUCAUGGACACAGUGCAGUGCCACCUGUGGAAAAGGCAUGCGGAUGCGCUACGUUAGUUGCCGCGACCAGCAGGGUGGAGUUGCGGAGGAAUCAGCCUGCCUUCACCUGCCAAAACCUCCUGCUAGUGAGGUGUGCUCCAUAGUGGCGUGUGGACAGUGGAAAGUUCUGGAAUGGACUGCGUGCUCCGUAUCCUGUGGUCAGGGUACAACCACACGGCAAGUAGCAUGUGUGAACUUCAACGAUCAAGUUGUGGAAUUAAGUGAGUGUGACCCAGAUGAUCAACCAGCAGCAGAGCAGGAGUGUGCCAUGCCCCAGUGUCCGUCUCGCUCCAGCAAUCAUGGGGGCUUUUCACCUAACCCUGAUUCUCGGAAAAAAGUAGUUACCACUGGACAAACUGACCGUAACAGAGCUGGCAAACCCCAAUCACAUCAGUGGAGGACUGGGCCAUGGGGGGCAUGUUCAAGUACUUGUGCUGGAGGGUUCCAGAGGCGUGUGGUGGUGUGCCAGGAUGAGAACGGUUACCCUGCCAACAGCUGUGAUGAAAGCACACAACCCAUAGAACAACGCUCCUGUGAAUCUGGCCCCUGCCCUCAGUGGUUCUAUGGCAGUUGGGGUGAGUGUUCAGAAUCCUGCGGAGGAGGGAUAAAGACCCGGUUGGUCACUUGUCAACGGCCCAACGGGGAACGCUUUAACGAUCUGAGCUGUGAAAUUCUUGACAAACCACCUGACCGAGAGCAGUGCAAUACUCAGUCCUGCUCUAUUAACCCUCACUGAAGCACAGACCAAUGGAGCUCGGUACACUCAUAAUUAUUUUAACUUUUCUCCCUACAUAAGUUCUAAUUCUCACAACACACCAAGGUUUUUUUACUCAAGACAUGAGGAAAACAAACUGAAACUCAAAAUGGUUUGAUCUUUAAGAAAGCAAAUUGCUGGUUUAACGUUUGCUGCUCAUAGGAGAGUGGUUGCACUUACAGACCUACCAAACAUGCAGUUAAAUAUUGUUGUAUAGCUUUAUCCUAACUGAAAAGUGAGCCAAUGUGGUUGUUUGAAAGCUGUUUAGCUUUUUCUUAUGUUAGGUUUUUGGGCUUUUGCCCAAUGCAGCUAUACUCGAGAUAUGUACAAAAAAUUAUCUUUGUUGUGGAUUCUGUUUAAAACAGUACAGUUGUAUAUUGCAUUUAGAAUACUUGGGCAGAAAAGCCUUAUAUUACACCACUGCAGAUCUGAAAAAUCUGGUGAAAGACAGUUAACUUUAUUAUAUUUAAACUGUCUCUGUGUAUUUCUUCUAAUAGUCUUCAUAAUCAUGAAAAUUUAGUUUUUUUUAACUAUACCUCAUGUGAACUCAGCUAGCCAUUGACCUAUUACAUUUAUGAUGGUGCUGUUUUUGGUUCAAGGGAGACUUUAUGUGAAAAUGUGUUUAUAGUUGCUAUAUUUUUGUAUAUUUAAGGUAAUUUACAAAAGUAUUUUUUUAAGUAAAUACAAACAAAAACAAAAAACAAAAAAAGGGUCAUAAUCUGAAAUCAAAUGUAGUUUUGUUCAUUUUAUGUCUUUUGAUUGCCCAGCAAUAUUAAUAUUUUUCUUGGUUAUUUACGCAGUAUUAUUUCAAUAUUGUGUAUGAUUUGUCCAACAAUGAAAAUUAUGUUCUAAUCUAGUGUAUAAAAUUCCUAGACCUAGGGUAAGCCAGUUAGUUUUGUCUCUGAAAUUUGCUUGUUGGACAAUUUUUUUUUUUUUUUGUGUCUACCUCAUUCUCAAUGAAAAGUCCCACAUCUAUCCAUUUUAUAUUUAUGGAUAGGGAUGAUAAAUGCUAAUACAGUUGUGCUCAAAAGUUUGCAUACCCUUGGAGAAUUGGUAAUAUAUUUACCAUUUUUAAAGAAAACAUGAGUGAGCAGGCAAAACACAUUUCUUUUAUUUCUUAUGGGAUUCAUAUUCAACUGUAGGUUAUAACAGAAUGGCACAAUCAUAAAACAAAACAUGGCAACAAAGAAAAAAAUUAAAUGACCCCUGUUCAAAAGUCUGCGAUCUUAAUACUGUGUAUUGACCCCUUUAGCAUCAAUGACAGAGUGCAGUCUUUUGUAAUAGUUGUCUAUGAAGCCCCAAAUUCUUGCAGGUGUUAUAGCUGCCCAUUCGUCUUGGCAAAAUGCCUCCAGGUCAUGCAAAGUCUUUGGUCAUCUUGCAUGAACCGCACAUUUGAGAUCUCCCCAGAGUGGCUCGAUGAUAUUAAGGUCAGGAGACUGUGAUGGCCACUCCAGAACCUUCACCUUUUUCUGCUGUAACCACUGGAGGGUCAACUUGGCCUUGUGCUUAGGGUCAUUGCCAUGCGCAGCUUUUGUGCCGAAGAAUGCAAAUUGUCUGCCAGUAUUUUCUGAUAACAUGCUGCAUUCAUCUUGCCAUCAAUUUUCACAAGAUUCCCCAUGCCUUUAGAGCUCACACACCCCCAAAACAUCAGUGAGCCACAACCAUGCUUCACAGUGGGGAUGGUAUUCUUUUCGCUAUAGGCCUUGUUGACCCCUCUCCAAACAUAGCGCUUAUGGUUGUGAUCAUAAAGCUCUAUUUUGGUCUCAUCACUCCAAAUUACAGUGUGCCAGAAGCUGUGAGGUGUGUCAAGGUGUUGUCGGGCAUAUUGUAACCGGGCUUUUUUGUGGCAUUGGUGCAGUAAAGGCUUCUUUCUGGCAACUCGACCAUGCAGCUCAUUUUUGUUCAAGUAUUGUCGUAUUGUGCUCCUUGAAACAACCACACCGUCUUUUUCCAGAGCAGCCUGUAUUUCUCCUGAGGUUACCUGUGGGGUUUUCUUUGUAUCCCGAACAAUUCUUCUGGCAGUUGUGGCUGAAAUCUUUCUUGGUCUACUUGACCUUGGCUUGGUAUCAAGAGAUCCCUGAAUUUUCCACUUCUUAAUAAGUGAUUGAACAGUACUGACUGGCAUUUUCAAGGCUUUGGAAAUAUUUUUAUAUCCUUUUCCAUCUUUAUAAAGUUCCAUUACCUUGUUACGCAGGUCAUUUGACAUUUCUUUUCUGCUCCCCAUGGCUCAGUAUCUAGCCUGCUCAGUGCAUCCAUGUUAGAGUUAACAAACUCAUUGACUAUUUAUACACAUGCACUAAUUGCAAUUUAAAAAGCCACAGGUGUGGGAAAUUAACCUUUAAUUGCCAUUUAAACCUGUGUGUGUCACCUUGUGUGUCUGUAACAAGGCCAAACAUUCAAGGGUAUGUAACUUUUGAUCAGGGCCAUUUGGGUGAUUUCUGUUAUCGUUAUGAUUUAAAAAGGAGCCAAACAACUAUGUGAUGAUAAAUGGCUUCAAAUGAUCACUAUCCUUAAAUAAAAGACAGUUUUUUUGCAUGAUCAGUCAUAUUUUCAAAAUCAAUGCCAAAAUUUUACAAUUUCUGCCAGGGUAUGCAAACUUUUGAGCACAACUGUAUAUCCUGUAGCAUCCACAAGCAACCAUUUAUUGAUAUCCAUACAAAUUUGUAUUGUUGUCCAAAGAUGCCAUGGUGCUAGUGUCUAUGGUGCAAUUCCCUUUCAUGACAUGGUCUGUUAUGUCAUCAGUGAUUUGAAUCAAAUGGCAGUAAUGAAGAAAUGUAUGUGCAUUUUUUGUAUAUUCUUGUAAGUAUUUGUAUUUAUUUCUGCUGCCAUACAAUGUGUCCUUAUUUGUUUGAACCUGAUGAUGAUGAUGAUGAUGAUGAUGGGCAAAUUAAACCAUUGCAAGAUUGUUUUUUAAAGGUUAUAUUGUUCUUUAUUAUUAUUAUUAUUAUUAUUACUAUGGUAACACUUUACAAUAAAGUUCCAUUUGUUAAUAUUAGAUAAUGCAUUAGGUAUCAUGAACAAACAAUGAACAUUAUAUAUAUUUUUUUUACAGCAUUUAUUAAUCUUUGAUAAUAUUAGUUAAAUAAAAAUACAAUUGUUCAUUGUUAGUUCAUGUUAGUUCAUAGUGCAUGCACUAAAAGUAUUGUUCAUUAUUAGUUCAUGUUAACUAAUGUUGUUAACAAAUGAAACCUUAUUGUAAAGUGUUGCCAUUAUUCUUAUUAUUAUUGUUUAUUAUACAAUUAGAAAAGUAUGCUACUUUUUGUCAUUAAUGAAUAUAAUUAAGUAAAUUUGUAAAUCAGUUAUUUAGAGAUGAGAAAGACUGAAUGUUGUCUUGUAUUAUUUUGUGUAAAUUCAUUCAUGAAGGAAUUUUCAUUUUUAAAAAGACAGCAUUUCACUUGCUGAUUGAGCAUAUGUACAGUAACUAAAUCAGUAUCAUUACACAUCACAGGCAUUCAAUGCACAUGUAGCCUCAAUAAUAAUGUAAUGAAUGAAAGAAGGUACUGUACAUAAUCACUGAGCUUAAUAUCUGUUUUCUCAUGGGGUUAUAACAAUCUUGUAAUUCACUUUUAGUUAUAAUGUUUUUUUAUAUGUUAUCCUGCUGCUUUUAUUUUUAUUUUUUUUUUCUUGUCUGAAUUGGACAAUUGGAUGGGGGUUGUUUUUGGUGCUCACUAACUUCAGUACCUUUAGAAGAAAUCUAUGUACUGUGUUACUUCCUAUUGGUUAGGACAGACUAUUAUCCAGACCCGAUGGUGAUCACCCCAGUGAGCGUACAUCACAAUAACAAUGGUAAGGGCGCGGGGGUCAUUGAUGGCCUUUGAUCUGUGGUUAGGCCCUUUACAGGCCUUCCCAACUCAUCUAAUUAGAAUGGACACGCUUCUCAGAAAGAGCUUUAUUCUUAUGGGAAAAAUGAUCACCAAAGCUAAGGCGCCACAAUGUUUGGUGGCUUCUGUGCUCUGGAUGUCUGUGCUAGGUAGUACUUGCAUUGGAAUGCAGUGAGGCACAUAGCCAAGUGUGUUGCCAUGUCUGGACUGAUAAUUUGUUGCAACAAUUUAAAAGAAAAACAUGGUAAUUUUGCAUGGUUCAAAGAGCCAAACUUAACAGUGUGUGAACUUAACAGUGGCAAUACGAUCACCCUUGCCUUUUUUUUAUUGCAUGCACAUGUCAUGAAUUUGACUUGAGUAAUUCAUUGGAAAUUUUUGUUUGACAUAUUUUAUCAGCAUUUUGCAGUUUACUACAAGAAGUGAAUUUUGUAUGAAGGGAACUUGCAUUGAAAUAUGUCCCUGCAUUGAAAUAAUUUUGUAUGUAAAAGUUAUUUUAGUUGGUAAUCUGAGUGUAAUUAAUCAUUGGAGCAUUCAUUUAAUAUGGUAUUAAACUCUAAACAAUGAUUUGACAUUUGAAAUGCAGCAACAAUAUGGCAGCUUUCCUCACUUUAACCAUGUCAGAAAUAAACGGUUUAUUGCCGUAAAAACACAAGAUUGAUAUAUUCCUUAAAUAUUCAUGUGUAUUGUAUGUAAAAAAAAUAUGUUUAUUAUUUUAAAUACAAAUGUAUUUGAUGAGUUAUUUGAUUUAUUAUCAUAGCAAUACUUUUCAGUUCUCUAGGACUGAUGUAAAAAAUAA